UCAAUGAUGAUGGCUGCACUUUAGUAAGCCAGCCAUGUUUGCUAAUAAUGAAACCCAAAGGUUCGUUACCUGUUUAUUAUUUGCAUCAUCUGCACAAACAUAAACAUAUUUCGCCAACCAAGAACAUUCAAGAAAUUUCUGUCUUUCGAAAUCAAGGAUUAUAAGAUGGAAUCGGAUAAUCAUUUUAACUUUGUCAGCCACCCGCCUGUUUCAACAAACUCAGGGACUACACUUUCCUCAGGGGGAUCGCACGACACUAACGGGUCCUCCAUAAGCCUCCUACCACCAUUGAAAAAUGUGAAUGGUCAGAUGAAUGUUAACGACAUCACUACUGUGAAGGGCCCCAGCCAGCCCUCCCCCCUUCCUUCCACACCGUACACUCACGUUGGCCAUCACGGCCACCACAGCAAACUUGAAUAUGACUACCUGUGGGAACAGCAGCAGUACAGUCCCCCAACCAGUAUGGGGCCCAGAGCCAGCCUGCUGCAGUCGCAGGAACACGGACAAUCCCAGCUGAGCGGUGGGCUGGUGGCCUCCUGCCCGCCUAAUGUUACGGUGGGGAAGGGUGGGUACUGGAACCAGGGUACUCCUGCCCAGCAGCAUGGCAGUUCCCCAAAGCCCAUGGAGUACAGCUCGCACGGGGCCUCCCAGAGUCAGCCUCCCCUCAGUGCAGCGCCCCAACAGCACCACCACAACCUGCAGGGACAGCAGCAUCAUCUGCAAAACAAACGCCAGCCAUCCCAACAACGACACCAGCCAUACCAGCAACAACAACUGCAACACCACCAACCGUCCCCGCAGCAUCACCACCAACCGUCCCCGCAGCAACACCACCAACCAUCCCAACAGCAACGACGGCAUCCAUCCCAGCAACAACAUGAACAGCAACCAUUCCAGCAGCAUCCGCACGAAGCAUUCCAUGAACCACCAUCCCAACAACACAACCAACAAUCACCUCAGCAUCAACACCAGGACCAACCAUCCCAACAACACCAGCAGCAUCAUGGAAUGAUGUUCAGUGGGGUUUCCUGCUUCCACCAGCUGGCGUCUCACCCCUCACACCCACCAGCUCAGGAGUUGCCCCCUUUUUCUCAGAGCUAUGCUCCCCAAACCAAUAGCCCUCAACAACACAACCUGGGCCAGGAGGCGUCCACCAGCCACCUGUCUGAGCAGAUUCCAUCUCCUGCACUGCAGAGCGGCACCCCCCUAACCAGCAAUGGCUCCCUAACCCGCACAGUGACGCCGGCAUUCAGCCAGAGUAACGGGCAUGUGAAUGAGGGGUACAGCAAGGUGGAUGGUUGCUCCGGUGGCAGUGAGCAGUUUUCUGUCACCCAGCGACGUCCCAAGAUUGAGGGGUUUCCUGUUGAGGCCCCUGCUCCUCUCCCCACCUCUCCCUGCCACUCCCAGGUUCAGCAGGCCUUUGUGGAUUAUGGCGGAGCCUCCGUGAGCCAGUGGGUCGCAUCGAGGGACCCGCCGUUUCCUUUUGCUCCACCCGCCGAGACAGAAUCCACGCAUGGAACGCCAAAUCAGCCGGGAUUUGCUCCGCCCUCCGACUCUUCUUUAGCAAUGGUAGAGACUUCCCUAGCAACCGGUAGCAAACAGGAGGUAUCCAACACGAACCUUGGCAGGGAGGUGGAGGCCAGUGCCCCACAGUUCCGUUCUUGGGCUUCGGGCCUGGCGGAAACCCAAAACGGUCCUAUGGCAUCCUCCGGGUACAAACCCCCAGGACGUUCAACCUGCGUCCCCCAGAAGAGCGGUUACCCAGACCGCAUCCACGAGAGCGUCUCGGAGGAUGAAGAAACUGCAAACGGGAUCUCCACCGUGGAAGAUUCUGACGGAAGUCCUCCACACCUGGUGUCCCUCAGUGAUGACAUGGAAGACAGACCCCCACACUCUGACCGCACGGUCUCCACCCUGCCCCCGUCCAACAAUUGUGAGCUGGAGGAGCAUGGGGGUGUGCGGGAGGCCCCAGGCUCGGCUGUGAGUGCAGCGGUGGGAGUCUGUACGGAGGACACGCAGAAGGAGCCGCGCCAUUCUCCAGCCUCCAGCACUGGAACUUCAGCAGAGGAAGACUCUGCCUCCCACGCCCCUGCCAGUCCUGGUUCACUGUGUGAAAAGGAGAGUAAAGGUGACACGGAUGACAGGUCUGGACCUCUGGACCACUCUGAAGACGAAACUCCCGCCUCGGCCACAGCAGCGCUCCCAUCCUCACCCUCCAACUGCCAAGAUCCCUUCUGCUCCCACCCUUACCCGCCCUCCCCCGGCCCCCUCCCAGCCAGACCCAAGGCCAAGAGGGCCAAGAAAAGAUCUAAAAUGCCCAAAAUGGAGGUGAAAAUUGAAGACAACUCAAAUGAAGAGGAAGAAGAGGUAUCUGUGACUCAUGGCCCCAGGAGGAGGAUAGCCACUGAGGAGCAAGUGUAUUUCCCCCUGAUGCAUGGGUGGAAACGGGAAGUCCGGGUGCGCAGGUGUGAGAAUCGGCUGAAGGGGGAGACCUGGUACUACAGCCCCUGCGGCAAGAGGAUGAAGCAGUUUCCUGAAGUCAUCAAGUAUCUGCAGAGGCAGCAGGGCGGUGUGGUGUCCAGGGAACACUUCAGCUUCAGCCCGCGCAUGCCGGUUGGAGACUUCUUUGAAGAGCAGGAAACUGCCCAGGGCUCGCAGUGGCUCCUCCUGGCCCACGAGGAGGUGCCCUCCAUCAUCAUGGCCAUCACUGGGAGGCGUGGCCGGCCCCCGAAUCCUGAGCGGGAGAGGCCCCGAUCCCGCGGCCGCCGGGCCCCGGGCAGCCCUGCCAGACGCCCCGGGCGGCCCCCCAAUGCCAGAACCCUGGAUCUGCUGAGGAAGCUGGACCCCAGGCUGCUGCUCAAACUGGAGGCUCGCGAAAUUCUCACUGAAGAAGAGAAGGAGAAACUGAAGAAAAUCAAGAGGAGGAUGAAGAGAAAGAAGGCCAAAGGGCCAGAUCAGGAGUGGGGGGAGCCGGGUGCCACCUUCCAUGGAGCCGGUCCGCUGGAGCAGAGGGGCUGGGCGUGCGGGCAGACCCCCGGCCGGGGGAAACGUGUGAGCUUGGUGCGGAGCGAGGCGAAGGCGCUGGCCAAGGCCCGGGCAGAGGAGGCCCAGGUCGUGGCCGCGGAGGUGGCCAGGAGGCAGACGGAGAGGCGGGCGCAGGUGCAGAGGCACCUGGAGGAGCGGCACAGGCAGAAGUUCUUCCUGGAGGAGCUGAAGAAGCCCACGGAGGACAUGUGCCUCAGCGACCACCAGCCCCUGCCGGAGCUGCCCUGCGUGCCGGGCCUCGUGCUCCCAGGCCGCGCCUUCGCACACUGCCUCCUGGUGGUGGAAUUCCUGCACAGCUACGGGAAGGUGCUGGGGCUCCAGCUGUCGGGGGACGUGCCUAGCCUGGCCACCCUGCAGGAGGGGCUCCUGGGCCUGGGCAGCGAGGCUGAGCUCCUGGACCUGCUGGUGCAGCUAGUGCAGGCUGCGCUUCACCACCCGGGCCUGCCCUCCCACUACCAGUCGGUGAAGAUUCUCGGGGAGCGGCUGGGGGAACUGGAGCUGAACCCCAGCAGUGUGUCGGAGGGGCUGCGGAUCUUUCUGGAAUCGCGUGGCUUUGAGCCGGCCGUGUGCGCCAGCCUGAGCUCCAGGCCGUUCCAGGCCCACAGCCCGGACGCUAAGGCCGCCAUGCUGGCCUUUCUGGUGGAGGAGCUCAACGGCGGCAGCAUCGUCACCAAGGAUUUGGAUAGCACGCUGGAGAAAAUGGCUACCUUCAGGAAGAACAAGUGGAUAAUGGAAGGAAAGAUACGCAAGCUGAAGGCGGCGCUGGCCCAGCAGACUGGCUGCUCGGCAGAGGAGCAGGGGGGCACCUCCAGGGCCGAGGAGACCCUGGGCCUGGAGGAAAGCGGCAGCAGCCUGGAGAGGAGCCACUGCACCCCCAAACGGGAGGCCCAGCGCGGGCAGAGUGAGAGUGCUUCCUCCGCCAGCGUGGCUGACCUUGAACGACAGAUCGAUAAGCUGACCAAGCGGCAGGUGUUCUUCCGUAAGAAGCUGCUGCAUGCGUCCCACUCCUUGCGCGCGGUCUUCCUGGGAGAGGACCGGUACCGGCGCCGGUACCAUGUCCUGCCCCACAUCGGUGCCGUCCUGGUGGAGGGGUCGGAGGAGAUCUUGGGUUGCCAGGGAGGCGUAUCCGUGUCCGAGGAGGCCGUCCCGGACCUCGCCCCCGUUAAGAAGGAGCCCAAACCCGAGCCCAAACCCGAGCCCAAACCUGAGCCCCCGCCGGUCCCUGCGGAGGCCCAGCCCCUCCCGGGCCCCGCGUCCCUCAUGAGCAGCCCCAGUGGGCGGGGCCGGCCGCGGAAGAUCAAGCCCGAGCUGGAGCUGCACCUGCGGGCCGCCAAGAGCCGCCGUCGCCGCGGCAGCAAGGCCGGCCGCCAGGAGGAGGCCGCCGCCAAACCCCCCGCCGGGGACAGCGUGAAGGAGGAGGCCGAGAGGCAGGGCCUGUGGUUCAACCUGCUGCCCAAAACCCCCUGCGACCCCGCCCUGCCUUCCCCUGACCCCGCCCGGACCCCUGGGGCCACGGCCGAUCAUCCCACCUCACCUUACCAGCUGUUCCUGGAAUCGCACUCUCCCUCCCAGCUGUGCUCCACCCCGCUCAGGGGCCGGGGCAGGGGCCGGGGUAGGGGCCGGGGCCGGGGCCGGGGCAGGAGGGGCAGUGCGGUCUGCCUGCCGGGGGGCCCUAGGCGGCGCGGGCGGCCCUCCUCCACGCUCCUGCGUCAGAUCGAGCAGCAGUACCUCUCUCAGCUGGUCACCAGGCCCAUACCCGCAGGGAUGGUGCGCGGCUGGUGGUGGGUGAGGGGCCCUGAGGAGCUGGAGGCCCUGCUGAAGGCCCUGCACCCCCGGGGCAUCAGGGAGAAGGCUCUGCACAAACACCUGAGCAAGCACAGCGAGUACCUCUCCGAGCUGUGUGCCCAGCUGCCCCGCGAUCCCAUGUUCCGGGAGGAAACCGCGGCAGGUGGGGCGUCGCAGGCCCUGGCCCAGGUGUGGGAUGGGGAGGGCAGAGCCAUGCAGGCCGACCUCAGCGUGCUGCAGUGGGUGGAGGACCUGGAGAAGAGGGUCCUGGCGGCCCAACUGCACGUCAAGGGCUGGGCCCUGCCGGAGCCGGACUCCUCACGGGAGGACCUGCAGUACCACGAGCACGAGCCGGACCCUGAGGACGACUGGAUCGUGAGGCCCAAGAAGGAGUGGUGUCACUUCCUGCGGCUGCCCGGCAACCCCCUGGACCUGGCGGUGCAGCGGCUGGGCGGGCUGGAGCGCGCUCUGGAGCGCUGCUACCUGAAGGAGCCGCUGUGGAGCCCGGGGGAGGUGAUGCGGCUAGCGCCCCUCACCCCGCUCCCUGGGGAGAGCGUCCCGCAGGACCUGGAGAGUGUGGAGAGCGAGAUCACCCUGCGUUUGCGGGCGUGGCGCCAGGCCCUGGAUCGCUGCCGUAGCUCUGCCCAGCUCGCCCUGUGCUUAAUGCAGUUGGAGCACGCCAUUGCCUGGGAGAGAUCAGCUAACGGUGAGCAGCAUCAUCCUCCAAAGCAGAAGUCCCGCGUGCGCAGGAAGAACCCCGGGGGUGCUGACCCGGGCAGCUCGGACGAGGAAGACCCCCGCAGGAGGGCGGGGGGCCGCAAGGACGAGCAGAGCUUCUCCUCUUACGCCCGCUUCUCAGGGGACAGCGUCUCUCCUGCCAAACGCCGUCGCGUGAACACCCGCAACCAACCGGACCUCACCUACUGCGAGAUCAUCCUGAUGGAGAUGGAGGCUCACACCGAUGCCUGGCCCUUCCUGGAGCCCGUUAACCCCCGAUACGUCCCUGGUUACCGCCGCGUCAUCAAGAACCCCAUGGACUUCCUCACUAUGAGGCAGCGUCUGCUCCAAGGAGGGUACUGCAGCAGUGAGGACUUCGCAGCCGACGCCCGGCUGGUCUUCAGCAACUGUGAGCUCUUUAACGAGGACACGUCGGAGGUGGGGGCGGCCGGUCACUCCAUGAAACGCUUCUUCGAGAGCCGCUGGGCUGAGUUCUACCACAAAGACCAGUAGCAGGGCCUGGGUGUGCGGGCCUCCUGCCUGCGUGUGAGGGCCUCCUGCCUGCGUGUGAGGGCCUCCUGGCUGGGUGUGGAGGGCCUCCUGGCUGGGUGUGGAGGGCCUCCUGGCUGGGUGUGGAGGGCCUCCUGCCUGCGUGUGAGGGCCUCCUGCCUGCGUGUGAGGGCCUCCUGCCUGGGUGUGGAGGGCCUCCUGGCUGGGUGUGGAGGGCCUCCUGGCUGGGUGUGGAGGGCCUCCUGCCUGGGUGUGGAGGGCCGGCCUCCUGGCUGUGAAGAGCUCUUGUGGGACCUCUGGAUCUCCUUUGCCUCUGCUGUUCGUCAUUACCAGCUGAUCUGCUACUGGAGCCUCUGCUUUCUGCAAACAUGGACAGAUUUUGUUCCUCUUCCCAUUUUGUUCCCCCAACCACAUCUUUAUAGAUUCUAGACUUACCAUGAUAAAUCAGGGAUUAUAUUCAGGAAUAUGUUUUUUUUCUGUGAUCGGGUUACACUGCUGAUGAAUCAAAGUCUACUUCACUGGACCCCAAAACUGUUUGAAACCAAAACUCUUUAAAUGAGCUCCUAUCCUCGAGUAUGGCUUCAGUCAGAAUUGGCUGCCUGUCGUACUGGGUCCACGUUAGUGCCUUCUACUGAAAAUAUAAUGUUGUGGUCUUAAAGGCUAAAAGCAUUUUGUCCGUGUAUGUGCGUGUGUGUGUGCACCCACACAUUGUACAUUGCUUGGCUGAGUUUUCCUAUAGCAAUGGGUCAUUGCGAACAUGCACAGAACAAAUAUUAUGGAUUCUUUAAAUGACUGGUGGAACAGAAAUGAUUUGUUCAGUCAGGCGAUUCGAUUCUGUGAAACGCCAUUGCUGCUUUAUCUGGAAUGUUCUCAUGAACUUGAAGAGUUUGUUCUUUCCCAGUCCUCUGGUUUGGUGCUCAUACUGCAGGUAUUUUAUUUCCUCUGCUUUUUUCGUUUAGCUUCUCUAUGUUUUAGGUCUUGUUCUGGUUUCAUAUAGUAUAAUUUUAAGUCUCUUUUACAUUUUUUAAAUUUUGCUUUAGUGGCAUUAUUCAACAAUAGUUUUUAAUGAAACAAGUGUAGAUUCCCAGCUUUUCUUGCAAUAGAGAAUUGAAAUAAUGUGUUUUAGAGCCAACUUUUACAGAUGCAUUAAAGCUGCUGUUGGGAGUGAAGUAAAAUGUCUGGUCCAAUCCCAAUUUUUUUUUUUUUGAUUUCUGGCAGUCCCUCGGGUGAGAUCGUAGUUUCUACACUGGCUUUGGCUUCGGAGGCUUUGAGUGGUGUCCGUGGAAGCCAGCAGAGGGGGGGCAUGUUGGUACUGUAGAGGAGGGCUGCAGCCUCAGUACAGAGAGCCAUAACGUGGCUCAGCAGUGCUUCUCUUUAGCGUUUCCUUCAUAUUGUUCUCCUCUCGUAACAGACAAGGGUGGCUUCUACUAGUCUCCACUUUGAUUUGUGGUGUUUACUUUUUUUAAAAUUUUUAUUCCAUGUACAUUUUUCCUUUUUCUUUUCCUUACCGUAAACCUGCACUGAUUUUAUCAAGGUUUGUGGAAGAACCUGAAAGCUCUCUACAGUUUAUCGGGUGUUUAAACUUUCUUACACUGGUUUAAAAAAAAUAAAUAAAUAAAAUACUGAUGUGUCCUUUUGUAACACUAAAGGGAUGUCUUUUUUUCUGAAAACCAAAAUGUGGUGGUCUGUCGAUUUUAAUAAUGUACUAUUUUUUGACUAAAUGUAUUCCAUUCUAUAUUUUUAGGACCAAUAUAAUUUUUACGAGGUAUUAAAAAAACUCUCUUGGGCUGCUGGGUGGCCCAUCUGGUUAAGGCACUGUUGUUCUAGUGCAUGGAUGGGCCCCAGAGUCCGGGAUCAGAUCCAGGCCCAGGCAGGGCCGGCUGUGGCCGGUACCCCCACAGGGUGAUCCGUUCUUGGCAUCAGAGGUGCCCUGGGCGAGGGAGGGUUUGUUUGGCAAUGAUCUGCAUCUUACUUGUUUUCUAGUAGCCUUUGGGAGCCAAUGGUAGCCAAUAGCCUUUUGUAGUGACCCCUACGGGUUGAUAUUGCACCUGCACACAAGGUGUCUGCAUCCAGCUCGUACCUGUGCAAGCCCUGCUUGUGUGACCAGUGCCAGGGCUUGACUGUUGCAGGUCUGCGCUCUCCCAGGUCCAUGGUGAUGAGUGAGUGUUGAGUGAUCCUGUACGGUCGACAAUUUCAAAUCUGGGGGUAAACGGGGUAGGGGACCGCAUACGAAUGUGAUGACACCUUCGCGUUCGCAGAACAUUGUAUGGAUUUGAGAAUGUUAUACGAGCGUGAUGUAGCAGCUGUGCGUUUGCAGAACGUUAUGCCAAUGUUGUGUAACAGCUGUGCAUUUCCUGACCAUGAAUACAGAUGUAACACCUGGGCAUUUGUAGAAUGUACUGUGAGAGAAAUAAAGUGUGUCUAGUA